GAUAGGAAAGAAAAAACGGACGCACAAAAACAUAGAGAAAAAGGGGGGGCCGCUUCAGAUCAGGAAACCUGCGCAGAACAGAGGUUUCGGGUAAAAUCCAAAGAGACGAGGGAAGGAAGCAGCAGCCGAAAUCAAGCACAUUAAGUCCAGCCUGGUAGAGUACUCUAAUCGCACUCCCAAGGAAACAACUCCGUCCAGCUAGUUCCCCCUGUUCUCACUUUGGCCGGCAAAAAAGAAGAGCCGAUUAACAAAAACAAAUAUAAAUUCUCCGGCGGUUGCUUUUGGAGUGGUGGAAUUGGAAACAUGUCCGGGUUUGACUUUGGAGCAAGAGAAAAAAGCCCUCUAGGGUACAGUUUCUGACAUGAUUGUCAGCUCCAGAAAAGGUGUCUCUCAACAGUUGAUUCUCGGUUAAUUUUAGAUGAGGAUGGUCUAAUCAAAUCAAGCUCUCUCCAAUUUUACCGGGAGUGACUGCAGGAGGGUAUUCGGGAUUGCUGCUCAAUCGAUUUAAAAAAUGAUAUAUCACAGCGGCUUCUUCGGGAUUGGAAACCAGAAUCAAUCGUGUUAGAGAGAGAGAAAGAGACAGUGUUUUCAUGGUUGACCUUCAAUCAGUGAAACAGAUAAUAACAACUCGUUUCUCCCCCUCUCUAUGUCCAUGCCCCAUUUAUUCCUUCUCUCAUCUGCCUGUCGUAAUAAUCUUUGAUGUCUAUUCAGGCGCCCCUCAUCGUUUCUGGUUGCUUUGGGGGGUUCUUCUGUACAGUUGCUGUAACAUAUUGUGGAGUGCAUUUUCCUCUGUUCCUCUAGGCCUCAAGCCUAUGAAUGACAGACUCCAAAUAUAGCCAUAUCAAGCCAACUUUGAUGCAUGUCUUGACAAAUUCCAUUUGAACAGUCCAUGUGAAUCAUGAAAGUUGAGGGCGAGCCCGUAGUUUCCCAUUCAGAUGCUAGCCCCAAGUUUAUUCCCAAGUCUUUUGAGUGUGAUAACGAUGCUCUUGACUCUGGUGGGAUGAAGCUUGAAGAUCAUAAAGAUUUUACAGGCCUUCUCAAAGGUAACGAGGAUGCCAAUCAAAAGAAUACUGUUGUAGGUCUUGAUGAUCUUAAUGAAUUUGAUGAAGUUAAAGCCUUUGUGCCAUCCCUCACUAAUUCUUCUAAAGUAGACUUGUUUGAGGAAGACUCGGAGUUAUACAUGGAAAAGAGUAUUGUUGAAUGUCAACUUCCUGAACUCAUAGUUUGUUACAAAGAAAACAGCUGCAAUAUUGUGAAGGAUAUUUGUAUUGACGACGGAGUACCUUCUCGGGAUAAGCUCUUGUGUGGUAGUAGUAGUUUAGAUGAGAAGGCUGUCUGUGUCAUUCUCCCUCCUGAGGAAGAUUGGAAGGACGAGUUGGCAAGAACGCUAGAGGAAGGAGAUAUGUUUGCUUCCGACGAUUCAGAGCAUUCGGAAUCUUUUGGCAAAAAGGAUUCACCCAAACAAAGAGAUUUCGAGGAAUUGGCUAGAACACCCCAAGCAGAAUAUGAUGUGGAAUAUUUAACUGACAAUGAUGUACUAAAUCUUCCAGUGACAGACUUGUUUACAGAGAGCGUAAAGCCAUUGACCAACAAUAAGAAUGAACCUAACCCUCAGUCUGAACAGGUUUUGGCAUGUGUAGCUGAAGAAUCUUAUAGUGACACCAGAGAAGCAAUAUCAGAAGAAUUCGCUGCUUCAGAUCUAGCAACUGAAGAGCCCAAAAAUAGCGAUUCUGCGGAGGAUAUAUCAUACAAUAGUAAAAUGGACAAAGGAAACAUUACUUUUGAUUUCAAUUCUUUUGCAUCCACAGCUAGUGAUGGACUCGAGCAUUGUGAUAAUGGUGACUUGAACUCUUCAGCUCCUUCGACCAGUGCCUCGGUGGAUUGCCUAGACACUAGCAGCUCCAACCGCUUAGCUUCAGCUGACAAAUGUCAAGUACAUUGUUACGAUUAUAGUAGUAACCCGAAACGUGUGGAGUAUGAAGACUUGCUACGAGUGGAAUAUGAAGACUUACAUAAGGCAGAAGUUGGGAAUUCUGAUAGUCAUUCAGUUUCAAGCCAAGUUCAACAUGGCGUAGGUGAAGCAAGUGUCUCUUCUAUGGUAUCUUUGGGGAGUCUGUUAUCUAAUUCGGGCCGUAUAGGUUACUCCGGCAGCAUCUCUCGUCGUUCUGAUAGCAGCACGACCAGCACCCGUUCCUUUGCCUUUCCCAUAUUACAAUCCGAAUGGAACAGUAGUCCUGUUAGAAUGGCUAAAGCUGAUCAAAAACAUCUACGGAAGCUUCGGGGUUGGAGACAAGGCCUUCUAUGCUGUAGAUUCUGAAAGCUUCUACUAAUUUAUACUCAUAGGUUUAGUGUCUAAAAUAUGCAUUUUACCCAAGUUUUUUCCUGCCGAGUCACAUGAAUAUAGGCAAUCUUUACCGCUUUACCUUCAUUUGUCAGGCUCUCUUUCAUAUGCAAUAUCAACAAGUUAUUAGAAUUUCAGUUUUCAAAAAAAGGGCCAUUUCUGCUCAACUUACAGAGAAUGUUUACAUAAUGUAAGGCCAUUUUACAAGAUUAGCUGAAAUACAUGUUUGUUGGUUCGAA